GUAAAUAGCAGUUACUUGUCGUAACACAGUGCAAAGUCGCAUAUCCAUCGAAAGUUCAAUCGAUAUCGAACCAUCUCGCGCGAUACAAGUGUUCCAAUUUCUUUCCGAAAGAACCAGGCACAACUUCAAACCUGUCACGCAAAAUUCCAUCGAGUCAAUUCCCUACCAAAUGGCUGAUCCUGGUGAACCUUCAACGAAUUCUUGCAGUUUGAUUUCCUGCCCGACUGGCCACAAAUCGCAGGGAUCCAAGGAAGUUUCGUUCGCCUUCUUGAAAUACCCCCAAUUUCCCUUGGUGCAGAUGCUAAUGAAAGAACUGAACCUGUGCGCACACGACCACAGUUUCGUGCCUCCAUGGUAGAUUCCGAAACUGUGAAGCGUGCAGGAAUCGAAUCUAACAGGAAAUAAUCGCUGACGAGGAAAUUGUGCAGCCGAGAAAGUAUGGAAGCGGUUACAAUCUCGCGGGGCUAAAUCGGCGCCGUGCAAAGACUAUUUUUUAGUGCAUAAUUUUUAUUAGUUAUUAGUUAAGAUUUUGUUAUUAAAUUCACCCUUCAAAAUGCCCGUGCUAACUUUGCAGAGGUCGUACAAGUACAUCAUGUACGCCACCAAGCAGCCCUCCCUCAGGAUCAAACAGGCCGAUCUGAAGUGCAAGAGCGGGUGCGGAUUCUUCGGCAACGCCGAUUGGGAAGGCUAUUGUUCGCAAUGCUACAGAAACCACACGGAUUCGGAAAGGCAGAAGAAAUCCCACCAGGGAGGCUCUUCGGAUCAUUCCAAAGCGCAGGUUUCGGGUUUUUCGAAAUUCGAAGAGAAGAAACGACAGCAAACCGACAAGAAAACCAGAUACAUGAAGAGUUUGCCCGUUUUCCGGAAAACUUCCAACGUCAAAGAUGUCGGAAGGCCGGAGAAUUUGGUAGAUAUCAUGAGACAGGCGAAUCCAGAAGCCAAUAAACUGAUGGCGGAAUUCAUCGCGCAAUACAGCCAAUACGGCGAAGGCAUCAGGAAGGAUUUCCUGAAAUGCAGCCAGGCAUUUUCCAACAAAAUCGUCAAAGAACUGGACGUGAAACCGAUGGAAGAUCUGGCGGAAAUAGCGCAAAACUACUACAACCAAUACCAAAACCGCGUCAAUUCGAACCCGACCUACCAGAACGUCCCGAACGACGUUAAAGAUAGACUAGUUGAGUUUUUCGAAAAUUUCACCAUGAUCAGUUUGUACAACUUCCUCUUCUGCCCACCGACCACCAACGACGAAGAGAAGGACCUCACCAUCCAAGGCAGGAUCAGGAAGCUGAGCUGGGUGAACGCCCACCACCUGGACUGCUGCAUCAGCGAGACCAGCAUCGAGGUGCGCGACCUCGUCUACACGGCCAUCAACGACCUGCUCGGCAUGGACUCGAUGCGCGCGCCGCAGGAGAAGCUCGCCUGCGUCGUCAAGUGCUGUCGCAGCGUCGUCGAGGUGCUGCAACACUGCCAGGGCGGCCCCGUCAGCGCCGACGAGUUCCUGCCGGCGCUCAUCUUCGUCGUGCUGAAGGCCAAUCCGGCGCGCCUGAAGAGCAACAUCCUCUACGUGACGAGGUUCUGCAAGGAGUCGAGGCUCAUGCAGGGCGAGGCCGGGUACUAUUUCACUAACUUGUGCUGCGCCGUAUCGUUCAUCGAGAAUCUGACGGCGGAGUCGUUGAACAUGCCCGAGCAGGAGUUCGAGGCGUACAUGUCGGGGGAGGUGACGUGCGUGAGCGCGUGGGAAUCGGCGCUGGUGGCGUGCGAGGGGAUGCACCAGCUGCGCGAGCACCUCGCCCUGUUGAAGGGGCUGUCGGAGCGCACGCAGAUCGUGCAGAAUACCACGAAGAGCCUGUGGGAGGAUAUGCAGAAAUUGAAGGAAGGAAUUUGCGAGAGCGUGGACUCGGUGCUAGAACGAACACCUCUAAUCAUAAAACCAAGAACCAGCCCUUUAGCCUUAACCAGAGAGCAACUGCUCGCUCAAGCCGCCGCCCGCACCGCCCCCAACCCGCCCGAACCUGAACCGGAACCCGCACCUCGCAACUUCUACCUCAAAAACCUCUCCUUCGGCCAUCUCAGCGCCUUCGAAACGCCCAAAAGCAAGCUACAACUCGACAUUUCGCCGUGCAUCGCCCUGAAGCCCUCCCAUUCGGGCGACCAGCUCUCCUCACCGGCCAUCGACAAGACCCCGGGCAGCCUCACGCCCGACGACAACAGCUUCCUGGGCCUCUCGAAGGUCAACUACGACAUCGACCUCUCCGAUCUCAGCACGGAGAACAGCGCCGCCGACGAGCUGACGCCCGACAAGCGCAAGUCCCCGACGCCCAGCGUCGAUCCCUUCAGCCCCGUCGGCGGCUCCUGCCCCGUCGCGCAGCCGCCGCUGGAGCCCAGCAGGGGCGAGUUCGUGCUGCCGUUCCUCGUCGAGGAGACGUUGAUCGAUAAGAGCGAGUUGACGCCGGCGGCGAGCUUGCCGCCGCCGCUGGUGCCGUCGGCGCCGGAGUACAGCGGGUUCUCCAAGCAGGGAUCGAGGAUUCCGAGCAUACCCUGCAGCACCGGGGACUAUAGCUCGUUGACUUCCUCUCCGGGUCAUUCGAAUGCGUAAUUGCAGCGGGGUAGAUUGGAUUCGUGGUUUUGUACAUGCGUUUGUAAUGUUAUGAUAUUUUUUUAUAAUUUGUUGUUGUCUUUAUUGGAGGGUAUAAAUUGAGUAUUGAA